ACAAUUAACCCACUCAAACCAGAACGUUCAUCAUGGAUCAUGUCUCAGCCGCUGCCACCGCGAUCCCAAAUCGCGACCCAAUUACCCAAUGUCAUUAGCGCAUAUGAUGUUUGCUUGCAGUUCGAGAAGUUCGCCUCGACUCAACAAGACCCUCGAUUCAUCAUUUCUGCUCGUGUGUUGGGCUAUCUACUCCUCCAUGCACCUUCAGAUCGGGCACUGGCGGAGGUUGUAGCUACAAUCCACUCCUGCAGCCAAGACCACAGUACUCUCUAUGCAUUGGGAGAGGCCUUUGUUACUUGGUUCAUACGUGCAUGUGAGUACGUUGCUUCACCCGCAUGGGCUCGAGUUCAUUCACCACCAGUUAGGAAAUAUAAAGGGAGGACCCCCCCUCAGCUCCGAGCACCCCAGUCGCCCAUCCUUUGAUAGAGGCCGAUUCUUGCUGAAGGUUUCGAUUCAAGAGGCACCAAAAGAUCAUAGCACCGCAAAGGCACAAGCCCUCCUACGCGAUGGUUACAGAUGUCUUGUUUCGGGAAAGUACGACGCAUUGGCCAGAGAAGCACUCGAACUUCCUUUGGAAGAGAUCCUCAACUUUGGCCCUGCCGUUUUCACGGAAUGCGCUCAUAUUGUUCCCGCCUCCACGUAUUUUAACGUUAAUACUGGCAACUCGAGUAAAGAUCCCAAUAAAAAAGAUUACGCAGCAUCAGUUUUAGCUGUCCUAAAGCAUUUCGGCUACGACGUUGACAAGUUAAAUGGUGCCAGCGUACACUCGUUAUUCAACAUGAUGACCCUAGCGCACGAUACGCACGAUUUGUUUGAUCAAUUGAGACUGUGGUUGGAAGCAACAGAUACUCCGAAUUGCUAUCGUGUUCAAGUGGUCGAUCCAAUGUUUAUUAUUCCAGGGAGACAGCUAGUGACAUUUAGUACACAUGAUACAGAGCACCUUCCACUUCCUUCUGCGGACCUCCUAGCAUUGCAUGCGGCCUGUGCAAAAGUUGCCCAUCUUUCGGGUGCGGCUGAAUACCUCGACGAGUUGGAUCGUCAUCUGGAGACAUCGAAAGUAUUGGCGUUUGAUGGAGGCUCAGCCGAAGUUUUGCACUUUGCGAUUACACGCCUCGCGGGAGAAGGAAUGGACGUUGGGGCGUAAUAUUUUCAUUUCUUGGCUUUAGUACGGUGUCUUUCGAACCGCAUUGACAGGCAGAGAAGUUGACUUCGGCCCGUGACCCUCACGAUAAAACCCUAGACUUUUCAGCUCCUCGACAUCGGAAGGUGAGAGGAUUCCCGAGAACCUUGGACUAUAGACAAGCAGUUAGACUUGUCUGUGUGCGCAUAGUUGAAUGGACAACCAACAUGACGGGAUUUCCAGAGACCAAGCACACCGUAGACAACAGAACGGCGAAUGAAACUACUGACAUGCGCAUUGUAAAAAUAGGGCGAUGGUCCAAACAAGGAUGGAUAGAGAAUGUAGCUGUAAUACGAACAUCAGUCAAUAUCUCUGAGAGCACACUAACGCAUGGUGACCCACCGUCCUGCGCGAGUGAAUCUGAAAUAUGAAAAGGAAUGUUCACUGUAGGCAUUUCCCCCCUG